ACAGCUAAUGGAAUCAAUUACUUGAAUAUUGAACGGGAGUCUCCAAAGUCUAAACCACAGCAAGAAACACCUGAGAAAGUACGGAAAUACUUUCCUGAAACUUGGAUUUGGGAUUUAGUUUCAGUGGGUUCCUCGGGAAAUGUGGAUGUUCCAGUCACUGUACCUGACACCAUCACUGAGUGGAAGGCUGGGAUGUUCUGUAUGGCUAACUCUGGUUUUGGACUGGCAGAAACUGUAGAACUGAAUGCCUUCAAGCCUUUCUUCGUAGAGCCAGUGCUCCCUUACUCUGUUAUUCAAGGAGAAGAAUUUCCUUUGAAGGUCACCGUCUUUAACUACCUACAACAAUGCAUUAAGGUUCAGGUAACCUUGGAAAAUUCUGAAGAUUUCAAAACUUUAGAUUGUGAAAGAUGUGAAUAUUCCAGCUGCAUCUGUGGUGGUAAAACCAAAACAUUCUUUUGGAGUAUAAUCCCAGUAUCCAUUGGGGAGGUGAACUUCACUAUUACUGCUGAAGCAGUACAAACUAAUGAGCUCUGUGAUAAUGAAAUUGUAAUUGUGCCAACAAGAAACAGAAAAGACACAGUGAUCAAACCCCUUCGGGUGGAGCCUGAAGGUACUAAGGUGGAAAUGGCAAAGAGUUUCUUCUUGUGUCCUAAUGGUUCCACUUUACUGGAGAACAUUUCUGUACAGCUUCCCCAGGAAGUAGUGAAAGGAUCUACAUCAGCCCACAUUUCUGUGUUCGGUGACAUAAUGGGGACUGCACUGCAGAACCUGGACAAUCUACUUGCCAUGCCUUAUGGGUGUGGAGAACAGAAUAUGCUGCAGUUUGCUCCAAACAUCUUUAUCUUGCAGUAUUUGGAAAAAACUGGUCAACUAACUCCAGCAAUCAAGGAAAAGUCCAUUCACUUUCUGAAAAGUGGGUACCAAAGAGAACUAAUGUUUAAGCACCCAGAUGGUUCCUACAGUGCAUUUGGCAAUAGCGACUCCGUAGGCAGCACCUGGCUUACUGCAUUCGUCCUGAAGUCAUUUGGGCAGGCUACACCUUAUAUCUUUAUUGAUGAUCAUCAUAUGCAACAGGCAAUAAACUGGCUUAGAAAUGUCCAGUUACAAAACGGAUGCUUUCAAAGUGUAGGAAAACUCCUGCACAGCUCAAUGAAGGGUGGAGUUAAUGAUGACAUCUCAUUAUCUGCAUAUAUUGUUGCUGCACUUCUGGAAAUACCAAAAUAUGCUCCUAAAAAUACAAUAUCCCAAGGCUUAUUCUUCUUGGAUACAGCUGUUCGAAGCGUAACCAACCCCUACACUCUUGCGUUGAUGGCGUAUACUUACGCACUUGCUGGACGUAUGAUGACACGGAAUCAUCUGCUCAGACAUUUGCAUUCAACAGCCAUUGACAAAGAUGGUAUGUUACACUGGAAAUAUUGGAAUCAUGCUAAAAAUGGUGAGAACAUUGACGAUCCUUACAUCUGGUACCAGGCCCCUUCUUCAGAGGUAGAGAUGGCAGCUUAUGUUUUGCUUGCCUUGAUGUCAGUUCCUAAUCCAUCUUCAAAUGACAUUACUUCUGCGGCGAAGAUUGUGAAGUGGAUUACAAAGCAGCAGGGUCCAUAUGGUGGUUUUGAUUCUACACAGGAUACAGUUGUGGCCCUUCAAGCUCUGUCCAAGUAUAGUGGAUGGACUUAUAAUAACAAAGGUCAUGUAACAGUGAGUAUCAAGUCUAAGAAGAAUUUAGUGGAAAAGUUUGAGGUGAACAAAGACAACCGUCUACUGCUUCAGCGAGCAGCUCUGACAGAUAUUCCUGGAAACUACACAGCUGAAAUCAGUGGAGAUGGAUGCAUAAUUCUUCAGGUGGAGAUGGUGGUAGCAGUCCCUCCUGCUAUGAAUGUGAUGUCAGUUUCUACGGAGAGACUGACCAUGAUGACACCCCUAGUGAGGCACAGAACCGGUGAAUAUCAUAAAUGUUAUUACAGUUUCCAGUACAUUGAAUGUAAUGUCACCCACACUGAAGUCAGUGUUGCAAAACUGAUUAUUCAUAGUUCUGUUGGAAAACUUUUGGAAGACAAAGUGCAAGUGUUACGUACAUUGUUUUUCUUUCAUGAAAUACCAUAG